AUGGAGGCACAUUUAAGAGAUACCAGAAUGGAGGAGAAAGCUAUAUGUGAGGAGAUAGAGAAACACAAUGUAAUGCAACAAAAGUACUAUGAACAGAGAAGUAAGGUAAAAUGGAUACCAAAUAUGGAUAAAAACACUAGAGCUUUCUACUUGUCUGUGAUGCAGAGGAAGAAGAAAAAUCAGAUUGAUGCCCUCAAACUUCCAGAUGGCAGAUGGGUGACUGAAGAAAAUGACAUUAUCCACUACUUGGUGAAUCACUUCAAUGAUCUGUUCAAGAAGGAUGCUGAUGAAGAGAGGUACCAAAUUCUUCUUCAAACUGAGACUAAAAUAGAUAGCAGGAGCAAUAUAAAUAUCUCAACGGUACCAGCAAAGGAGGAGAUUUGGACUACACUCAAGAGGAUGAAAAGUUCAAAAGCACCAAGACCUGAUGGAAUGCCAGCUAUCUUCUACAAAAGCUGCUGGGAAACUAUUGGGGAUGAGAUCACAAAGACAAUCCAGUACUGUUUCGUCUCAGCAACUCUCCCACAGGGGCUCAAUCAUACAAAUAUUUUGUUAGUGCCAAAGGCUGAAGGACAUUUUGUAAGUGAAAGGGGACUGAGGCAAGGCUGUCCCUUAUCAACAUACUUAUUUAUUCUUUGCUCUCAAGGCCUAUCUUGGUUGAUGAGGAAAAUGGAGGAAUAUGCUUUGUAUAAUGGAUAUAGAGCUGGCAGAAAUGCUCCAGCUAGUGUUAAUAUGCAGAAAUCAGCUAUUUUCUUCAGUAAAGGUGUAGAAGUCCACAGAAGAACAGAAGUAGCUGGCAUUUUGGGAGUGAAGCAGAUGGAGAACACUGACAAAUACUUGGGACAUCAGCUGCUCAAAUCAGUUCUUCUAACGGAGUCGCAUAAAUUUCUUGAAGAGAAGUUGGCAUCAAAAACUGCAGGAUGGAAGAGGAUUUUUCUAACUCAUGCUGGUAGAACUGUGCUCAUCAAAACUGAAUUAGGGAUGAUACCUCCGUUCUUCAUGGCUACAUCUUUGUUACCUCAGAAGACUAUUGAUCAGUUAACUAGAACCAUUCGGAAUUUCUGGUGGGGUCAUGAUCAGGAGGUACAGAAGAUGCAUUUUAUAAAUUGGUACCAAUUUGAACUUGAAAAGGAAAAGGGUGGGUUGGGAAUUAGGUCGCUGCAGCAGCUAAAUAAGGCAAUGAUAGCAAAGCUAGUGUGGAAGUUUUUGGAAGAUGAACACUGCCUGUGGGGCCAAAUUAUGAGGGCCAAGUAUGUUAAAAGAGGAAACUUCUGGGAAGUCGAAAAACCAAUGCUCAGCAACUUGGAGUGCAAUGCUGACUGUUAG